ACUUUAUUCAUAUUAUAUUAACUUUUGUAUAAGACUUUCUUCUUUCUUUUUUUGUGUAUAAUACAUACUACUUCGAACGUUUAUGCAAAUGACACGUGGAAGCAAUUCAGCAAUACUUGAAUCUGAUUAACCUCGAAGAAGGGUUUUUUUUUCCUUUAUGUGUCUUCCUCGUGUAUUUAAUCAAACAUGAUAUAGGUACUCUUACAAUGUGAGGUCUAUGAUGUGUGGCGUUUAAAGUUCUGUCUUGUUGUGAGAUAAAAAUAAAGCAUAACUGAAAUUUAAUCCAUUUUCAGGCACGAUUUCUGUAUCAAAUGAAACAUACUACCACUACUAACUGUGUAUAUCCUCAGCAUAAUAAAACAUUGCAAAUUAAGAGAUAAGAUUAUAUUGUUCAAGGGAAAUCCCCGACGUUUUCGCAUAACGCUGACCUAGUGAGUUGUGUGGAGAGUAGAUGGACAAGAAGACGCUGAAAGUGUUUCUGAAGUGUGUCAUACAAUCAUACCAUAAGCAACAUCGCGAAAGUUAAACAUUUGAGACGUCAAUAUUUAAAAAAAAAAGGAGAUGAAACAAAAAAUAUAUUAGGCAGCAAUAUAAUCAUGUGAUAAUGUGUAUUUUGCAUGGCGCCAACAUUUUUAUUUAUGUGUGUGUUGUCUUUAGAAACAAAAUAUAAUGGUUUAUAUACAUAUAUUUAUUUAUUACAAUAUAUAUGGCUAAAGGGUGAAUCAUACAGAUGUGGAAGAAUUUGUGAAAAGUAACAAUAUGUACACACAGACAGAACUAUCCACAAAAUAAUAUUUCAUGAUGGUUUAAUUAUUAUCAGUCAGCAAAUAUUUUCCAUUGAAAAUAUAGCUUUAUCGCAAUUUCUAGAUCUCUUGCACUACAUAACUUUCGUUUCUUCCUUCACAUUCUUUAACAAAUAGAUAGUGUCGCUCUUUGUUUAUGUCUACUCGUCAACCAAAAGUGCUUGUUUAUGUACUGAACAUUUACUCCUUCGUGUCUCACAAAACUUCUUGCAGAAUGCAAUUUUCUUCAUUUCGAGAAAGAAGGUCAUAAUUCCCACUGCGACAAAACAUGAAAUGCAAAAAUUGAUUUUAAAAAUAUCCAGGGCAUGGUUACAAUGUUGAACCUACAAUUUUUUGCGAUAGUAUCAAAAAAGCUCAAAUACAAAAUAAAUUAUUAACCUAUAGUUCCCAGAAAGCUACAAUUAAUUCCCUUAGAUUAUUGACUUGGGCUGACAUUGAAAUAUGAUCAAAGAACGUUACAAUAUUGGAAAAAAAUCAAUUGUCUAUACAUACUUGUAAUUGUUUUGACGUGAUAAUAUGAUGUGUCGUUGUUUUUAUUUAUAAAAAAAUCUUUUUAUAGUUUAUUUUUAUUACUAGUUAAUUAGGGAUCUUGAAUAGACUAAAAUGUGCAAGAUAGUAGAGUAAAGAGUUAAAUAUUUUGUACCUUUGAACCAAUUUGCCAAAUAUUUAUAAUAUUGCAAUUUUUCAUUUAAUUUUAAUUCCAUCGUAAUUAGAAUUGUGCUUUUGAUCUUAAAACGCUACAAGAAUAUUUUUCAUUAAGUCCCAUUUUACCAUUAUACAUAUUUUGUAUUAGAAACAAUGUAGAAAACAACAAGCCAAGUACAGAGACAAGUUGAAAGAUGAUAAAUCAUUGUCAAAAAUCAUUCAGCUAGAUUAAUCCAAAUUAAGCUUGACCGAUUGUUAAUUUGUUAACAAAGAUGAUAUAUUCUGGCACAGUGUCUGAGAUAAAUAUAUACAUAUGUAUGUAAUAUCCCAUCCCUAUACAAGGCACGUAAAUAGUCGAUAUAUUUUGACGAGAGUCUCGAUGCUUAUUAGUGGAAAAAGCACUGACUAUUUAGCUAUUCUAAGAAGAAAAAUAUCGUGUUGAUAUGUGUAGUUGAUUUAAGGAGAGAAGAUAUGUGUCACACCAUGUUCAGUCUCUCUUGUCAAGUAGCACUGAAAAGUCCUUCCAAGUAUUCACUCAAGCUCUAAAAAAUAUUAGUUGUUAAUCUUGUGGCUUUUACAAUUGUUGAUUUGUUUAUGCAAACGAUUUAUUUAUUAUCGUGUCAUUUGGAUACAAUCAAGAGGUAUAAUAUGAUUGUUUUCCUGCAUCAACUGCAGUGACGGUGUGUUUAUUCUAUAAAAUAGCAUUCUCUGUAGCAUAUAUACAUAAUGCUUGUGUGUAUGUAGUAGAUGAUAAAAUGCACAUAACAAACUUAUACUAUUGAGAAUGAUUUUCUAUUAAUAAGAACUAGUGGGAAAUAAGUGGUCGAUCACUGAAUAUUCUGAGAAGUGAUUUUUGUGUAUAUUACAUACAUACACUGAGCAUAGUGAAAUAUUUAGCAUAAAGUCAGAGAAGAGAUCCACACACAAGGUCAAGGGUAGAUAAAACACCACUGCUGUCUCAUAGAAGCAGUGUGUGAAGCUUUUACUCACAAAUUCAUCUCUAUGAUAUGGACACUAUAUAGAGAUUUUUCAUUUUAUGUACUGAUCACUGAGUUGUUUAGAUACCUAGAUUGAGAUUGCAAGGAGAGGUGUACUAUUGUGGUUUUAUAUUCUCACAGAGCAACAAUAUAACUUCUUACCGCCUCCUCCAUGAAGGUGGUUUUGUGAUGUGAGCUGAAAAUAUUGCAAAGUGUGUGUCUGUUGCUGAAGGAGAAUUGGGGGGUUUGUUUCAAUGUUAAUUGAGUGACCUAAAGUUGUUUUCUCAUCAGGUGGAACAAGAAAAGUCGUAAAAGUCACUUAUUGCCAGUGUUUUCUCUCAACUGGACGCGCUCUAAGAAAAUUAAUAUUGUGUACGAUUGCUUUCAACAAAUUGUACAAAAAGCAGUAAGAAAUAUUCAAAUAAACAUAAUGUUUGUAUUUUUAACAAAAAAAAAAAAAAACUUUUCCACCGUGGGGAUUUACUUAUUUUGCGAAAAAUACUGAAAUGUUGAAAAUAGUGAAAAUAAAAUGAUAAAGGAAUGGUAAUAAGUGUUAAAAAAAAACUUCUUGACAUUUGUGAGUGUUGUGAUAAGGCAAAACAAAAUUUAUUCCUAACAUUAACAGUGUUCAAAUAAAAUACUUUGUUAAACCGCAAAGUUGCAGCAAAGAGUACUUAAAUAAAAUAUACAUAUAUUGCAUUAAAUCAUGUAAAUAAGUCAGUUCGAGUAGUCCCUACAUCUAUGGAGUUUCAAUUAGAUAGCGGCGAAUACUGCCAGGCCCAGCACAAAUAAAAAGGAUUGAAGAAAAAACAUCAUUAAAACAUUUAUUAAAUUGUCUAGUGACGUAAUUCGAUAGACACAAAAGAAAACGUAGCGUUGUGUAAAGUGGAGCAAGCAAAAAUAUUAAGGGUGUGAUCUUGAAAAAUAGAAGAAGAAAAAAAAAACUUGCGCCACGCAGAGAUUUUUUGUUAUUGUAAGGAAAAAGAAAAGAAAAAGUGAUAGUGUUAUUUUGUGUAUUAAACGAAAGAAAGGUCGUGUUUUAUUUCUCCAAGAACCUGCAGUAUGUCAAGGAAAUAAAGAGAAGAUAAGACGAAAUUAUUUGGUGCAUAUCAGAGGAUAAAACAAGGAUUAAAAAAAAAGAGUAAUUUCUUCUCACAUCCUCAUUAUUUUGGAAACGAGAAAAAGAAAUUGAAACAUCAAGAAGUCACAAAAUUCGGUUCACCGUUUAAACAGACUUCUUGUGGACUAUAAAAUGCGGUAUAUAUUUUUAGUAGAAACGGAUUGAGAGAGAAAAAUUCAAUUGAAAAGAAAACGAAGAUAGGAGAUUGUUCAUUUAUUUGCGCAAGAAAGGCAGUUUCUUUUGUGAACUCCUAAAUACACUAGAACAAGCAUAGAACAUAGAAUCGCAAACACAAUUCAUAUUUAAACAUUUCUAGAGUUUUCUUUCUUAAUAUUUUUUUUGUAAUUGUGUAUUACUUGUGAUAGGUUUUUUUUUUUCGUAUAUCCUUUAUCGCUGUAAUUUUAUAUAAUUCUCUCUAUACAAUUUUCAUCUUUUCUCUUAUUUAAUACAAGAAAAAUUAAUUGUACAUAAAAAGAAUUUUUUUUAGGUAGACAAUUUUUAAUGACGUCCCAUUAAUUGCAAAGAAGAAAAGAAUAUAUUAUUUUUAAAUUUAAAUCUUUAUAUAAAAGUGCAAGCCAGGGAUUUUUUUUAAGUUAGAAUAUACAAUUGAAGGAGUCUUUUUUAUAUAUAUAAAUAAUAAUUUCUCAAGUCAACAGAGUGAAACAUUUUCCGUGUCACUCCUUUUUUUCUCUAUAAGAAAUCUAUUGUGAAAAAAAAACAAACCAUUAGAAAUCUUUAUUGGUGGAAAAGCAAGAUAUAGAGUUAUAUUUUUUUUGAGAGAAAGAUAUUUCCCACGAGAGUGUCUCUGAAAAUAGAUAAAGGCACAUACAUACAGGCAAAUUAUUCGCGAAUUUCCUGGGGUUUAGUGGAAUGAGCAGCAUCAUGCGUCAGAAGGAUAUUAGACCAGCACCAGCCCGGAUUGAGUUCAAGGGCAUGAAAUUUCUCAUCACAGAUCGACCAUCGGAUCAUACAAUUCACUCCUAUAUUCUUGAACUGAAGAAGCACGAUGUUAGCACGGUGGUGAGAGUAUGUGAGCCAUCUUACAAGAUAGACGAGCUCAAAACACAAGGAAUUGUGGUGCGAGAUUUGGCUUUUGAGGAUGGAACAUUCCCGCCACAGAAUGUCGUGGAUGAGUGGUUCGAAAUUCUCCGGCAAAAAUAUCAAGAGAAUCCCGAAGCAUGCGUCGCUGUACAUUGUGUGGCUGGACUCGGAAGGGCUCCGGUACUUGUGGCUCUGGCAUUGAUUGAAUUAGGUCUCAAAUAUGAAGCAGCUGUUGAAUUAAUUCGAGAUAAACGCCGUGGUGCUAUUAACUCCAAGCAGUUAUCCUAUUUGGAGAAAUACAAGCCCAAGUCUCGUCUAAAGCACAAGAAUGGCCACAAGAAUUCGUGCAGCGUGCAAUAAAUAUCAUAAAAACCCACCAGGCAAAGUGUUCAUUUUUUAAACUGAUUAACUUACUACUUUAAAAGAAAAAGAGAAAAAAAUGAAGAUGGAAAAAGAAGAUGAGAAUUCUAAUUGAAAUCUAUCUCAGUAGAGCAGAGAGAAUAUAACUAAAAUACAAAAAGGAAAAAAUCAUAUUGGAGUUUGAGAAACAAAAAGCAAAGAUAGAGGAUAAAUUAAACAUUGAAAGGAAAAUAAUUUUGCCGACCUUUUUAGAGAGAAAUUUUCAAUUUAUACGUUUACUAUAUACUGUUCUUGUACUACGAAAGAAAUUGUCUAUAAAUUGUAAAGCCUCCUUCUUAAAUAUUAUAACGAAGAACAUUAAAGAGAAAAAAAAGAAACAAGACGACAGUCAUGCCAGAAUAUUUUUAAAUAAAAAUUGUAUUUCUUUAUUGCAAAACUGAAUAAUAAAACAACAACAAAAAAACAAGUAAUCAUAAUGCAGAAGAAAUGAAAACAGUGCAAAAUAAAAAAUAUAUAUUUUCUACUCAUUUUGAGUGCAUCUCGUUGUAUAUGAACAUUUCUUUUUUUUUUAACUUUCAGAGAAAAAAAAUCAUUUCACACCAAAAAUAUAUCUUUUAAAAAAAUGAAUGCAUUUGUCGAAUAAAAAAAAACUAUGAGUUAAUGAGUUGUAGAGAAGGGAAAACGAGAAGAGAAAGGUGGAAAAUUCAGCAAAAAUUACAUGGCCAUUGCACUUUUUGCAACAAAGAAUAAUCAAUAAUAUUUUUUUUAAUUUAAAAAUUCAGUGAAAUAAUGCGAAAGUAAAAUAAAUUAAUAAACAUAGGAAAAAAAGAUAUCUCACUAAAAGAUGAAGAAAAUAAAUUAUCACCUAAAAUAGAGAAAGAAAAAAUAAUGAACUAAAAAUAGAAAGUGAGAAUUUUUUCAGUGUUUUUUUUAAUCAAUUCUUGAAAAUAAGUAUAGUCAAACCCCUUAAAUAGAAUAAUUGCUACAUUUUUUUUUAUUAUUUAAAAAUCCAUAUUAUAUAGAAAGUUUUAAAUGCUAUUUUUUAUAAUAGACACAAUGAAACGAAUAACAGAUGAAAAAAUAUCAAGAUGAAACCAAAAAAAGAUCAUCACCACUUAUAGUUGAAUUUUCGCCGCAAUACAAAGAAAAAAAAAUAGAAAAAUAAAGUCUUAAAGUGAAAGCAAAAAAAAAAAGAAGAAAACUUCUCAGAAAAAAUAUGUUUUCUUAGAAUGAAAUUUUUUAAAAAAUAUAAUUUUGAUCUCUUUUCGUAGAAAUUUUCGUGAAAUUGCAAAAAAAUUGCUUUAAAAAAAUUCUUACGCUUUUCCUGAAAAUAGAAUUAAAUUGGAAGUUAUUUUUUAUUGUAUUUCUCCCCCCAAAAAAAUAAAAGUAUAUAAAAUUAUAAAAUAAACAAAAACAAGCUUAAUAACGUGAGAUUUAAAAAAAAAAUGAUUUUAUAAAUUUAAGUGCAGAAAAAAAUCUAUUUGCUAAUUAAAAGAAAAAAGAAAUCUUGUGGUCAUAAAUUGAACGACUUUUUAUAUGACUAAGCAAACAAAAAAAAAUGAAAGGAAACUCUAUGAAGAAAUCUUUAAAAAAAAUAAUAAAAUUAAUAGUAAAGUGACUGACUGUAUUGCUGUAUUGUAAAUUUGUUAGUCCAAUUUUUAUUUAUAUAAAAAAGGAAGAAAUGAAGGAAAAGAGAUAAAAAGUAUGGAAAGGUUUACAAUAAAAGAACUUGCAAACAUCAAAGGAAAGAUGGAAGAAUUGUUUGGAAAGACGGAUAAAAUGAAAUCUCAUCAACUCACUAAAGUGCUUUUUGUGGGUAUUUUUAAGUAAAAAAAAAAAGUUUUAAUGAAAAACAUUCUAAUAAAAUGCUAAAAUAGAAGAAGAGAUAAAAAAGGAUGAAGAUAAUGCUGAGGAUUUUUGUGUUAAACUUUUAUCUCUCUAACUUUUUUAUGCCUCAUGCCAUCCUUCAUUUUUUUGAACAAUAUCUACAUUAUAAUAUAUAUAUUUCUACUAAACAUAUUGAAGAGAAAAAAAUUGAGGUAUAAAAAACUUCUGCUUGAGCACGAUCUUUGCAAAAAUUCGCCGUCUUUCUUAACAAUGAGUUUUUCUCUCAUCAUUCAAAGGAAAAACAACCACAAUAGGCAAUUUUAUGAAUUAAUUGUAAUAAAAUAAAUACUAAUAAAUAUAUACCAAACCAUGAAAA